UUGGUUAGGGGAGGAAACCGCAAAUUGCUAUGCGCCAUUCUACCCGAUUGACAUAAUCGAUGGGGUGAAAUCCGGCCUUUGCUAUUGCCAGAACCCGGUUGAUCUUAUCUCCGUCAGGGUAUACAUGUGUUGAGAAUAACUGAAGGGGCAACGACGCAGCAUAAAUACUACCUGUCACCGGGUUUGUAGACGAUGAAUUCCAGAUAUAACUACGAGACCCAUCUACGAAGAUACAUCUAACUACAUACAUCACUCUUCUGACUCAGAUUACUGUACAUCAUUUGAAUCAUUAUAUUGUUACGCGUGCAGAUAACCAUGUCGGACGAAGUUGUCCAUCAGCGCCUAAACCUUCCCCUCACGAUCACGCCAGAGAAAUGUUCUGGUGGUACUUAUAUAGUCACUGGAGCAAACACCGGUCUAGGUUUGGAAGCAGCGAAGCAUCUAGUGGCAGUCGGUGCUGCAAAGGUCAUUCUCGCUGUCCGUAACAUAGCGGCAGGUGAGGCAGCUAAGGAUCGAAUCAUCAAGGAAACUGGAAAGCUGGGUACUGCCGAAGUGUGGGCUCUGGAUCUCACGAGCUAUGAAUCCGUAAAGACUUUUGCAAGUAAAGCUAUCGAGGAGCUUGACCGGAUCGAUGCAGUCAUUGAGAAUGCGGCGGUUGCCUCAGCCCAUGGUAGGGCUGAGGGCCAUUUGCUAUCGAUGACGGUCAACGUGUAUAGUACACUUCUGUUAGGAGUGUUACUGUUGCCGAAGUUAGAAGAGAAUGCGCAGCGCUAUGGAAUCACUCCUCAUUUGACGAUCGUCACUAGCGGUGCAAGCUUUGACACUCAUUCCAAAUGGAAUGAGAUCAAGGACGAUCCGCUGGCGAAGAUGGAUAAUGAGAGUAUUGGACUGCUCUUGUGGGUAUCAGCCAUUCCGUUGAGACUUCACGUGGUGUUUUGCAGAUCCGAAUUUGCUGACUCAAUAUUGUAUAGAUACCCAAUUAGCAAGCUUAUAGGGAUUUUUGCCAUUCGCAAACUGGCCAGUCUGCUCCCCGUCUCGAAAACCGGAGUAGUCCUUAACCUGGUCAACCCUGGUCUGUGCAAAACCGAGUUGUCUCGAAAUGCACCGCCCGCUUUUCAGCAGCAGCUGUCAGAAAUGCAUGCUAGAUUUGGUCGUACUGCAGAGGAUGGUAGUCGUACUCUCCUACAUGGCGCAGUUGCAGGGAAGGAAAGCCAUGGAGUCUAUCUGAACGAUUGUGAGCCUGCCGAUCACAAGUUGCCAUCGUGGAUAACCGAUGAAGAGGGAAAUAGAACCCAGGACUUGCUUUGGGGUGCUCUUGCUAGAGAACUGGAAGUGAUUUCUCCAGGAUGUAUCCACAGUAUCAUAUAA